AUGGCUUUAAUCUCUGAAAUUUCCGACGACGCCUCUAACGGCGGCGAUCCAAGGAAGAACCCGCAAGAAGAAGUAGAGAAUCAAAACGAGAAUCCUAAAGAAGAAGAUCAAGAAGUAGAGAAGCUUGCUCCGGUUACUCUAUACAUCCCAGAAGGACUCGUCGAAAGCAUCCUCUUACUCGUCGAGAGAUGUAAUUACCCGAAGCUAUCUCUCUUCUCAAGAUCCUUUCAUCACGUCAUCUCUUCGCCGGAACUCUACCAAAGGCGCUCGCAACUCGGCCUCACCGAACCGGUUCUUUACGCUUUGAUCCGGUUCCGAUUCCCUCGUAAUAGGUUACCGUGCUGGUACAUUCUCAACCGUAACGUUCCAAGAAAUAUCUCGUUACGAUUGACCGAAGUCAGAUCACUUCCUCCUAUGAAUCUUGGAUCUGCUGUGGUCACAAUCGGAUACGAGAUGUAUGUGAUUGGUGGAGACAACGGACGAUAUCGAUCCACAUCGGAUGUGUUGCUCAUCGAUUGCAGAUUCCACACACGUCGCUCGCUCCCGAGAAUGCAGAGGAGUCGCUACAGUGCAGCUGCCGGAGUAAUUGACGGAAAGAUUUACGUGAUCGGAGGUUGCGAGCAGAGAGAUGAUAAUUGGGUCGAGGUGUUCGAUACAGAUACUCAGACUUGGAGUAGUGUCCCAGUGCCUGGUCCAUUCCCUGGUCCAUUCCCGAUCUUUAAUCAGAAUGGAGCAUUUAUGGCAUAUAUUGUGAUGCAAGAGAGGAUUUACAUCAUGGAUCUUAUGGAUUGUUUCGCUUAUGAACAAAGACAAGGUAUAUUGCACCACGUCCGGGAAUUUGAAUGUCAUCAGAUGUGUCACAAUGGGUGUUGUGUGGUUGAGGAUUUGCUGUAUAGCAUUGAUCCACUGUGUCUUUCUGAAUCUCCGAUAGUGGCAUGCGAUCCCAAUGAUUUUGUUUGGAGACCUGUGGUGGGUGAAUUUUUUUCGCCUAACCUCAACUAUUACGAGUGUAAAUUGGCGAAUAUUUGUGGGAAUUUGAUGGUUAUAGGCCCUACUAAAGACCGACAAGGUCGUCAAGAUGUUUGGUGCGUAGAGAUCGUCUUAAAAAGACUUGAAGGGGGUGAGAUUCAGGGGAAGGUCGUAUCAAGAUCGCUUGUGCUUAAAUCCGUCGACUUAGGUUCCAUUGAUCUUUGUCGCUCUACGUUUUGA